CGGGCGGGGAGGCCUCGGGACCCGCCGGGCGCCGUCGCCCCGAGCCUGUCCUGCGCUGUGGGAACUUUGUGCUUCAAGUUGCCCCUUGCCGGGUCCGGGUCCUGGGUGCACGCCGACUCUCGGGGCGGUCGGGGCCGGGAUCCCCCCGGGGCUGUCCACCCAGCCCGCGAGCCACAGCCGAGCUUCCAGCAUCAGAUUGUGUUUCUCUUGACACUUGUCACCUUUGUUUCCACAGUCCCCCUCCAGGCUGGACUUCCCGUGAGCGGAGACGUCCAAGAUUGCAGGGAAAUCCUGGGGAGAAAAGUGCCCCCGGAGGAGCAGAAAGUGUUCCUCUACUUGCCGGCUUGUGAUGACUGACAUUUUCUCUGAGACGAUGGCCUGGACCAAAAUGAGAAGUACAUUUCCGUCGCCGAUCGCAAAGUAGCAGGCGACAGACUGAGGACUGCCGGGCGAGCGAUGGAUCCCUGUGAAGAUCUAGAAGUGUCCGGUGGUAAAUCUCAGGACUCUAGGCGGGGCCAGCCUCAUGAACUUGAAGGACCACAGGCCAGCGGUCCUGGGGCGCUGGGGAAGGACUCUGCUGAGAUGUGGAGCCGGAAAUACCAGCUGCGGAGCAAAUACGUGCAGACCAGCAACAGUGAACCGCAAGAUCAAAACAGAGUUUCCAAAGACCUUAUAACGGUUGUCCAAGAAAUGAAAAAAUACUUCCCGUCAGAGAGACAGAGUAAACCAAGCACCCUGGAUGCUCUCAUAUGCGUACACGGCGUGCAAGCAAACAGUGAGUUUUUCCAGAUUCUCAGUCAGAAUGGAGCGCCUCAAGCAGACGUGACAAUGUACAGUCUUGAGGAGCUGGCCACUAUUGCUUCAGAGCACACUUCCAAAAACACAGAUACCUUUGUGGCAGUUUUUUCAUUUCUGUCCGGAAGGUUAGUGCACGUUUCUGAACAGGCUCCUUCGAUCCUGCAUUGUAAGAAAGAGUUCUUAGCGUCCUCUCAUUUCGUUGACCUGCUUGCCCCUCAAGACGUGAGGGUGUUCUACACACACACUGCCCACGCUCAGCUUCCUUUCUGGAACAACUGGACCCAAAGAGCAGCCUCACGCUAUGCAUUCGCUCCGGUGAAAUCCUUUUUCUUCAGGAUCCGUGGAGGUGAAGCCCUGGAGCUGGGGCAGGUUUACUGCCCGUUCCGGAUUAUCCCCUAUUUGAUUCACGUGCGCAGCUCAGCCCGCCCGGAGCCUGAGCCCUGCUGUCUCACGCUGGUGGAGAAGAUUCAUUCUGGCUACGAAGCUCCUCGAAUCCCAGUGGAUAAAAGAAUUUUUACCACAACACACACCCCCGGGUGUGUUUUUCUUGAAAUAGAUGAAAGAGCAGUGCCUUUGCUGGGUUACCUACCUCAGGAUCUGAUUGGAACGUCCAUCCUGACAUACCUGCACCCGGAAGACCGUUCUCUGAUGGUCGCCAUACACCAAAAAGUCCUGAAGUAUGCAGGCCAUCUUCCCUUUGAACAUUCACCCAUUAGAUUUUGUUCUCAAAAUGGGGAUUACAUCGUAUUGGAUUCCAGUUGGUCCAGCUUUGUGAACCCAUGGAGCCGGAAGGUUUCCUUCAUCGUCGGUCGGCAUAAAGUGCGAACGAGUCCACUAAAUGAGGAUGUUUUUGCCACCAGAAUAAAAAAGAUGAACAGUAAUGACAGAGACAUAACAGAAUUACAAGAACAAAUUCACCCCUCUCUCUUGCAGCCCGUUCACGGGAGCGCAUCCAGUGGCUGUGGGGGCCUGGAGAGCAGCGGGUCUCAGCAGCGUCACCUCAGCAUCGCGUCCUGCAGUGAGUCCAGCGGGCGCUGCGUGGAGGAGGUGCAGACGGCACCGCUGGCUUUGCAGCAGGUCUCUGCCAGUGUAAGCAAAAUCAAGAAUCUAGGCCAGCAGCUGUACAUCGAGUCAAGGGCCAAAUCACCAAAGAAGCAAGUGACGGGGACCGGCCCGGGGCAGCGUGGCGAUGAGCAGAAGGCCUUUUCUUCCUUCCAGACAUUAAAGAAUAUCAACAUGUGCACCGAGUCUUGUGAGGGUUUGGGAAGGGAUCGGCAUAGCCCAUCCUAUCAGCAAAAAAACUGUAUUGAUAGCGUUAUCAGGUACCUGAAGAGCUACAACAUUCCAGCUUUGAAGAGAAAGUGUAUCUCCUGUACAAAUACGACUUCCUCAUCCUCAGAAGAAGACGGACAAAGCCACAGAGCAGAUGAUGUCCAAGCACUGCAAGCUGUUUCUCAGAUCCCAGCCGUACCUACAUCAGAAAUGCCAGCUGAUGGGCGGUCCACAGAUGCUGACGGAGGAGCUCCACAGACCCUGACCGAGGCGGCUCUGAGCCUAGACGUGAGGCCGUGCAGCUACAGCAGCACCGUUGUUCACAUGCUACCACCGGAGUCAGAAUUGAAUCCAGCAGAGCUUGGCACCCUGCCCUGUGAGCCCUGGACCCUCAGCACACACCCAGCUCCACCGGCCUCAGAAACGUUUAAACACAUAGGGCUCACAAAGGCUGUGCUGUCAACCCGCACACAGAAGGAAGAACAGAGUUAUGUGGAUCAAUUCCGGGACAAGAUUCUGUCAUCACCCUACAGCUCCUAUCUUCAGCAAGAAAGCAGAAGCAAAGCUAAAUAUUCAGAUGUUCAAGGAGAUUCUGCUUCCAAGCCUACCCGAUCCGCUGGUUGCAGGAAGGGGAAGCACAAGCGUAAGAAGCUGCUCAUGUGGUCGGACAGCAAGGGCACUAAGGAUGACUUCUGUCCCCACCUCGUAGGAGAGGCCCCGGAUGGACAGCCCUGGUGCCCUUCCUGCACCUCCGCUCCUCGUGCCUCUGGCCCAUCGCUCCCGGCUGCACUGGUGGUUCCCAGCCAGGCACCUUGCCUCGUCCAAGCCCUCCCCUCCCCAACCGUGACCUCUCUGGGGAGAGAAUGUGCAGCCUCAGAAACUGCGCUGCAGAGUCUGCCUGCAGAGCCGCCUUUCCCCAAUGGCUUGCAGUCUUUCCCAGCUCUGCCCUCUGCUUGCUUAGAUACUUGUAUGAACAUCUUCCCGCAUGACCCCCCUAUCUGUCCUCUCUUGUUACCACCAUUCUCCCCAUAUCCAUUCUUGGGAGCAGCAGGCUCUUCUGAAAUACCCGCCUCGGUAUCAGCAGUGGCUCCAAAUCCAGGCCCACCAUCUUCAGCCAUCAGCCAAAGGAGCGGCGAGGGAAACUGGGGGACCCAGAAUGAAGGGCACCCCCUCAUUAACUCAAAGAGCAGCUCCCUGCUCCAGCUCGACCUGCUGCAGGAGGACAGGCCCAGAUCCUGUGCAUCCCCAGAAGCUGAGUAUCAGCCUGUCAGUCCCAACAGUGAGAAUAAGAACGAUCAUUUUACUACCAGUGAACUGUCUACAGUGUCACUGCAUGAGGCUUCUCUGCCGGGAACUGGUUCUGCAGCAGCAGGAAGCAGUGGCAGCAGUAUAAACUUUGCUACUAGUGAUUAUUCUUCUGAAAUCUUUCAAACUGGGCAGCAAUCUCAGGAUGUAAAGAAAAAAGAAACAUUUCCCAACUUAGCUGAAGAGUCCAUCUGGAGAAUGAUAGAACAGACACCUGAGUGCAUUCUGAUGACAUAUCAGGUGCCUGAGAGGGUUAAAGAAAUUGUACUGAAAGAAGACUUAGAAAAGCUGGAAAGCACGAGGCAGCGGCGGCCGCAGUUUUCUCACGGACAAAGGGAGGAGCUGGCCGAUGUGCGCUCCUGGAUUCAGAGCCCGGUGAUUCCUCAGGAAAUAGACAUGCAAGGCUGUGUCACUUGCGAAAACGGAGAUUCAGCUGGUGCUGCUGCAGAAUCCCGUGGUCCGGAUGCAGCAGAAGCAGCAGUUGAGUGACUCUGAAGAUACACCUGUGCUCCCGCUCCAGGCCUAUGGGACACAGCUAGACCUCCUUGUGGUUCUCUCUAAACCCCUGGGUCUUCAAUGACCACGAAGUUAUCUUUGAAUAUUAAGCUUUUUCCUUCCUGAUUUUUUAACAGGCAUCAUUUUCCUGAAGCAGACAUUGUAUAUAGACUCUUUCACUUGUCUUUUCCGCAAUGUAUUUAAACCAUCAAAUAGACUCUUUUUCUAGUUUAGCUGUCCUCUAAUGAGAUUGGAUGGCCUCUAAAGAGGUAUGUGUACAGUCAAACUUUAUUUCAGAUGUCACCCCAAAUAAAUUACAAUUAGAAAUAUAGCUAGAGGACUUCCCUGGUGGUGCAGGGGUUGAGAAUCCGCCUGCCGACGCAGGGGAAACUGGUUCGAUCUCUGGUCUGGGAAGAUCCCACAUGCCGAGGAGCAACUAAGCCCGUGCUCCACAACUACUGAGUCUGCGCUCUAGAGCCCGUGAGCCACAACUGCUGAGCCCAUGCACCACAACUACUGAAGCCCACGCACCUAGAGCCCGUGCUCUGCAACAAGAGAAGCCACCGCAAUGAGAAGCCCGCGCACCACAACGGAGAGUAGCCCCUGCUCGCCACAACUAGAGAAAGCCCACACGCAGCAAGAAGACCCAAUGCAGCCAAAAAUAAAAUAAAUAAAAUAAAUUAAUUAAUUUUUUUAAAAA